CUGUCUCCCGCAGGGCAAGUGGCCCUCCGUCUCGGCCCUGGACAUGUCUCCUCCGUCCUCCCCCGGGGAUGGCCUGGCCCCUCUCCCCGCCACAGGGUGCGGCUUCAUCAAGGGCCACCGCCGUUAAGCCUCCUGCGGCUCCGUCUACCCCCAGGCCCCAAACAAGGGCGGUGCCUCCCCCUCAGACUGCUGCAUCAUCCGGGUCAGCAUGGCACUGCAGAACGGCACGCUCUACAAGAGCAUCUUGGUAACAAGCCAGGAUAAGGCCCCCACCGUGGUGGCAAAGGUGCUGGAGAGACACAACCAGGACACGAAUCUGGCACAUGACUACGAGCUGGUGCAGCUGUUGCCGGAUGGCCGAGAGCUGGUCUUCCAGCCCAUGGCAAACGUCUUCUACGCCAGGAAUGGCUUCAGCCUGGACUUCCUGCUCCGGCCCAAGGGCCCACCGAGGAAGACCCGCCCUCCCACCCCCCCACUCAGGAGCCCCCGAGCCAGGGAGAUGGACAUCAGCGCCACCUUCCCAAAGAUCAAGGCCACUGGCCGCAGGAUCGCCCGGGCUCUUUUCUGAGGGGGAGGAGCUCUGGAGGGGGGCACCCACACAGCUC